UAUCUAAUUUUUUCUGUGUGUACUGAAAGUCUGAAACAAAUAUAUACAUACACAAAACAUGACGGUAGCCAAACAUUCCGAUAAGUCGCCGCUACUCCCCGACCAACAUCAACACACGCAACCGCCGCCGCCGCCGGCGCAAUACGUCAUCGUUUUACCGCACUACCCGCCGCCGCACCACCACUUCCUCUUCCGCAAAUCGUGCCAGCGGUGCCUAUUCUGCUUGGCAACGCUCCUCAUCUUCCUAAUCGCCGCCGGCUAUCUUCUCUGGCCGGCGAAGCCCCAACUCUCGAUCAUCCGCCUCCGCCUCGAUCGGCUCCAAUUCCACACCAUCCCCAAAAUGUCAGUCGACGUGACGAUGGACCUCACGGUGAAGGUCCGGAACGAAGACUUCUACGCCAUGUACUACGACUCGCUGCUGGUGGCGAUCGGCUACAGGGGGAAGCGGCUGGGGUACGUGACCGCCGACGGCGGACGAAUCGGAGCGCGUGGGUCUUCGUACGUGAACGCCACGCUCCAGCUGGAUAGGGUGGAGAUUAUGAGUGAUGUGGUUUCGCUGAUUGAGGACUUGGCUAAAGGUGCGGUCACGUUUGAUGCGGAGUCCGAGAUUAGUGGGAAGCUCGAAGUAUUUUACUUUUUUAACCUCCCUCUCAAGACGGAAAUCGAAUGUGAAGUGGUUGUAAGUUCGCGGAACCAAACAAUUUCUCAUCAAAGUUGCUACCCUGAGGUUUCUGAAGUGAGUUAGGUCGACUCGCAAUUAACAGCAGCCGGAUAAUCGGAUGAACAUAAAAGAAAUUUUACCACAGGUUUUUCUGCCCCGUUUCUCUUUCUGUAAUUAAACAAUUAUAUUUAGCACAAAUGUAUUUAUUUCAUUCAUCUUCCACACUUUGACAUUAAACCGAAAAAUCAGACACAAAUGCACAUAAAAUGGUCUCUACUGAGCACCGGCUUUUUUGCAAUAGACGAUUUAUUUUUUUCGAUUUAUUCUUUGUUUCUAGAAGAACUGCAUAUAUAUUAAUUGUUUGUAACU